ACAAAAACAAAAAACAUAUCAAUGGAGAUUCUAAGCUUAGCCUUUUUCAUGGAAAACAACUUACUAAGUUCUCUAUUUCUUUUCUUAACACCUCUUAUCUUAAUUUUCAUUAUGAAAAAAUAUUAUACGUCUAUUAAAAACCUCCCACCAGGACCACGACCAUUGCCGAUCAUUGGCAAUAUACAUCAGCUAGGGAAUAACCCACAUAUCUCAACCGCCAUGCUUGCCAAAAAAUAUGGCCCCCUUAUCUCCCUUCGCUUAGGUUCACGACUUCUUGUUGUGGCUUCAUCCCCAGAAGCAGCCAUGCAAAUUCUAAAGACACAAGACCGACAUCUUUCUGGUCGAGCCACACCAGAUGCAAUUGUACUAAAUCCUAAUGACCACAACGUUAUUUGGGCUUAUGAUUGCAACCAAAAUUGGAGAUCAUUAAGAACCCUUUAUCGGGCUGAUUUGUUUUCGCCUAAAGCAAUAGAAGCACAAUCUAAUAUAAGAAACGAAAAGUUGGCUCAAAUGGUGGAUUUCUUGAAUACCAAGCAAGGAAAAGUUGUGCAUAUUGAAGAAGUUGUUUUUACUACUAUGUUCAAUACUCUUAGUAACAUUUUAUUUAGUACGGAUCUUCUUGAUUUGAACAAAGAAAACGAAACUGCCCAUGGAUUAAAAUGGGCAAUCCAAAAGAUACUAGAGAAUACAAUGGCACCAAACGUUACUGAUUUUUUCCCUGUAAUUGGGGGAUUAGAUCUUCAAGGAUUAAGAAAAGAAAACUUGAAAUAUCUUCAAGUCGUCUCUAGCUUUAUCGACCCUAUAAUCAAUCAAAGGAGGGAUCGAAUGGCUUCUUCAAAGGUGACAGAGGAAAAAGAUUUUUUGGACCGAAUGCUUGAAAAUAAUUUUCCAAAUGCGCAAAUUAACAUCUUAAUUCUGGAACUAUUCAUUGCGGGAACAGAUAGCGUAACAUCAACUACUAUAUGGGCAAUGGCUGACUUGAUAAAGAACGAAGGAAUCUUGGAAAAAGUAACAGAAGAGCUCAAAAGAGAAAUCAAGUCCAUCUCUAUGAUCAUGAAAUCCGAUCUUAACAAAUUGACUUAUUUCAACGCUUGUAUCAAAGAAACACUAAGAUUGCACCCGGUUGUUCCUCUCCUACUUCCACGAAAUGCUGUCGAAACUUGUGAGGUUAUGAAUUAUACAAUCCCACAAAACUCUUCAAUAUGGGUCAACAUCUGGGCAAUUAGCCGGGACCCAAAUGUUUGGGAGGACCCUAAUGCUUUUAAACCCGAAAGGUUUCUUGAGUCAAACGUCAAUUAUACAGGCCAUGAUUUCGAGUUUACACCUUUUGGUGGUGGGAGGAGGAUGUGUCCUGGUAUGCCUUCCGGGAUUAAGAGUUUGCAAACAACAUUGGCGACUUUGAUUCUAGGAUUCGAUUGGGUUCUUCCAAAUAACGAGGAUCCAACGAAACUUGACAUGAAUGAAACUUUUGGAUUGACUUUGCAAAAAGAGAAGCCUCUUGAGCUUAUCUUCAAAUGCAAAGAGUAAUGAAUGGCUCAAUUUAUUUAUUUAUAAGUUUUUAAGUUUAGCCUUAAUAUGUAUGUCUUGAAUAACAUACAUGUAUGAUGUAUUUUUAUUCAUUUAUUUUAUUAAUAAUUCGGUCACUCCGUUAAAAAAAUAAUAAUUUGUUCACUAUGUAAUAUCCUAGUCAUACGUUGUAUUUUUGUAUAUUUUGAGUUUAUUAAGAGUUUUUUUUUUGAAAA